UACACAAAAAGUGAAAAACGUGCGACUACUCCUUGAUUCUCUUCAUCCCUGGACCGUACGCAUUUCGGCGGGUUUAAAAAGCAGCUGCCAAAGGGACAUGGAAAAGUGGUUAUCGGGAGUGGAUGAGUCAUCCAUCAAAAAUCCAACUCCGACGGCUCGAAGAAUGUUUUAUGGUCACCACAACGCAAGUCGUUACCAAGGAGGAGUUGCUCGCAAUGCUGUUGGUCCACGGAUAACGUAGUAAAGAAAGCGUAGAAGUCAAUGUAAACAAUGCAUUGCGAAUGGCCGGGUUCCUGGCAAAGCUAGAGAACUGGGUCGUAGGUAUAGGCGGAAGUAAUUUUAUAACAAAAGUAAACUAAUCGGUUUAAGAAUUUUAACUUUCAUUUUCAAGAUUCUCGCCAGAAUCAUGUCCCGUCACAAAAGUGAAAAGAGUGCAAAUCAAAUGAAAGCUUUGUGCCAAUUUGUCAAAGUCCUGCCGACAGGGCUACACGUUACUUUCGGCAGUGGAUGUAUCGUUUGGCAAGUUGAAUCACAGCCAAGUGCACAUUUGAUAACUACGACUCAAGUCGUAACCAAGAAUGAUCUCCUGGGAGACAGCUCGAUCUUUGUUCUGUUUCAGGAUGGUCAAAGGUUCGAACUAAAAUUAAAAAGUAGAGAUGAAGUCGAUCUCCCUGAUCCCAAAACCGGAAGAGUGUUGAGGAACAUCGGAGGUAACGAAAUUCAAGUGUCCUUCCUACGCAUUCCCGUAGACAUGUUCGACUUGAGGAUAUGGCCGGUCAGAAAAUUAUUUCCUAUGGGAAAACGCGCCCUUUAUUGCAUUUAUCCAAGUGAUGAGGACUUGGAGACUUCCAUUUCAAACAAGAAUAUUACGUGCGUGAUUACUGAGAUCAGUAAGGAUCGGCGAGGGUUUUACAUCACUGAACCUUCCUACCUAAGUUUCGGCGAAGAUACAAGUGAAUUUGCCCUGCUGUCCGCCUCAGAUCCCGAUUGUGCUUUUCCACCAAAGAGUUUCAAAGACUUUCCUAAAGAGGUGAAGCCGAAAGGUGCUCCUCUUUUGGAUGCCAAAGGAAGAUUGGUGGGAAUGCUGGCAGUAGCCAGCUCAGGAGAACGAAAGAUAUAUCCUGUGUUCCUUCCAACCUUGACAGGCGAAAGCCACGUUGGUAGUCUUGGAAACGAGAAAAUCAGUAAUGCAGAUAUGACGCCUACACAAAACACAAUAUUUAGACCUGGAACGGAUGAAGAAGAGCAACAUAAUGAUCAUUCACCCAAAAUUCCACCGUCAAAAGAGUCUAUAAAUGAAGAUAAGGGGGCACAAAUCAGCACAACAGAUAGGCAAGGGAGUGCCAGUCCUCCUUCAAGUCCUUUGCAUGAGAGUUCUCCCGAAGCCAAUUUAGGAAAUGGCGCUGCUCAAAAACAGCAUAAAGACCAGCAACACAACGAGUCUGGAAGUCAGUCACAUCGACUACAAAAUGAAGAGGAAUGUUCAUCGGAUGAAAUUGAAAACUACAAUUCCGCUGAAGAGGAGCACGGCCAGCCACAAGAUGAUCCCAGAAGUUCAAGUCUUCGAGAAGAUGGCAAGGAAAGUUGUUCAAAAGAAACCGAGGAGGAUAGCAUUGAUUCUGAUUUGGAGAGGGAUUCUGCAGCGACGUUAGAAGAACACGAUCAGGAAGUCGAGAACGCUGGACAUGGCGAUGCCAACAAUGAGGUUUCACUUCGGGAAGAACCAGAUGGAGGGUGCAGAGAAGGAGAUCCCAUGGUAAAUAGUUACCUUAAUGAAAAUGAAUCACAUGACAGGACUCGCAUACUUGCAACCCAGAAUUCUCAUCAUGAUCAACUGUCUGACCUGUAUCAGUUGCUUGACGAUGAAGAUUCUCCUUAUCCCAAGAUAGUUGCAGAUCCCACCUCCCCUGAGCACAAACCAACUCUUCGAGAAAGACAAAGCAAUUCCCAACAUAGGAUGGAUAGAAUUGCACCAAUGCGACCUGAUGAGGUCUCCAAAGGGAAGGAACAUGUCAAUGCAGGUUCAUACGUGGAAAAAUUAAUCGUCAGAAAAGAACUCAUCAUGGAUGUGCUCUCCCUCUAUUUGGAUAGAUCAAUCUAUCCAAAGUUCAGAGGUGCUCCACUCUUCGCACAACGUUGGGAGCAUCUUGCAGACCAAUGUAAAGUAGACGUUAAAGUAAAAAAGCAGUGUGGGAGCUUUGCUCAUCUGAGCCCAAGUGAAGCUAUGUUUGAAUACUUGUGCCAAUCUGGGAAGUCAGUUACAGUUGGAAUCCUGAAACAAUACCUCCUGGAAAUUUCAAGAAAAGAUGUUCACGAUGAGCUGGCAAACAAUCAGGAUUUGCUUGAUGAUGCCAAUGUGAAUGACCUUUGCGAUAAACAUCCUGAAACACUGUGGAAUGUUUGUUUAAACCUCGAUGACAUGCGUUCUGUCAGUCACUGGUAUCACUUAGGUCUGAAGAUAGGUAUCAAUGGUGAAAGACUCAAAAGCUUUAAGGAUCCCUCUGAAUUUAGCCCUAGCCAGGCAAUCUUAGAAAAGAUCGAGACACUGAGGCCACAGCUUCCAUUAACAGAAAUGCAAAUGGUUCUGAAAGAAUUGGAAAAGUGGAUACCAGGCAUAGGCAAUGUGCUGAAUGAUUUACUAG